AUGCCCGCUACAUCUGUUGCGCUCGUCGCCCUUGCGUUCCUGGGACAAUCCUUGGUGCCUGCCGUUCAGGCUAACAAUGUUCCUGGUCAGGCACAGGUGAUCGACCAAAAAGCAUUCAAUGUCUUGGAUACAACUCAACCGCCAAGCGGUUUCAAUGCGAAAAGUCUUUUCGUCCCUCCUGGACAUACCGAGGACAGUUUGACUAAACGUCCGUUCCAUGUGUACGAUGAGGAGUUCUUGAAAAUCAUCGGCAAAAGUCCAACUCUCACCCGGAUUGCGCACUCCCCCAAGGAUCCUUUAUACCACGAGGCAGUGGUUUGGUCAAAGGAGACAGAUGAAGUGUUCUUCGUUCAGAAUGCAGGCGCAAAGAAUGCAAGUACCGGCCUGCACAAGUCGGCCAUAAUCGAGAAGAUCUCUCUAGCGGACGCCGCCGCGGUCUCUAGUAAGAGUGAUGCUGCAGGCGAGGUGGAUAUCUCUACGGUCUCUUCGUCUCCCACGGUGAUUAAUCCGAAUGGAGCAACCAAUUAUCGGGGAGAGAUCAUCUUCACCGGCGAAGGCCAAGGGAACAAUACUCCUCCUGCACUGUGGGUAAUGAACCCACAAAAGCCAUACAAUACGACCGUUCUCCUGAACAAUUACUUCGGUCGCCAAUUCAACUCCUUGAACGAUGUAGCCAUUCACCCCAAGAACAAAGACAUCUAUUUCACCGACACGAUCUACGGUUACGUGCAAGAUUUCCGUCCUGCGCCAGGCCUGCAGGAUCAAGUCUAUCGCUUCAACCCCGAUACCGGAGCUGUCACGAUCGCGGCGGAUGGCUUCGAUCACCCCAACGGACUGACCUUCUCGCCUGAUGGUAAGCAUGCAUAUGUCACCGAUACCGGCAUCGACUAUGGAUUUUUCGGGCUGGACUUUACUCGCCCAGCUUCAGUCUAUCGCUUUGACGUGACAGAAGAUGGCACAUUCGAAAACCGCAAGACGUUCGCAUUUGUUAACUCCGGCGCCCCGGACGGUAUCCACUGCGACUCCGAAGGUAAUGUCUACGCCGGAUGUGGUGAUGGCGUCCAGGUUUGGAACCCCUCUGGCAAGCUCAUCGGCAAGAUCUACGUUGGAUCAACAGCGGCGAACUUCAAUUUCGCUGGCGACGGCCGAAUGGUCAUCUGCGCGGAGACAAAUCUCUACUACGCGACUCUGGCUGCCUCAGGCAAUUAUGUCGAUAGUGAGAUGUAA